UGUCCCUGUCCCUGCCUGUCCCCGAUGUCCCUGUCCCUGUCCCUGAUGUCCCUGUCCCUGUGUCCCCAGAAGCUCGAGGGCUCCCGCUGCCGGGGGCAGCUCCUGAUCUUCGGUGCCACCAACUGGGACCUGAUCGGCCGCAAGGAGGUGCCCAAGCAGCAGGCGGCGUACCGGAACCUGGGCCAGAACCUGUGGGGGCCGCACCGCUACGGGAGCCUGGGCUCGCUGCGGGUGCGCUCGGUGGUGUCGGGGCCCUGCGCCGCGCACAGCCUGCUCAUCACCGCCGAGGGCCGCCUCUGGAGCUGGGGCCGGAACGAGAAGGGGCAGCUGGGCCAUGGGGACACGAAGCGCGUGGAGGCUCCGCGGCCGAUCGAGGCCCUGGCCGGGGAGGCCAUCGUGGCGGCGGCGUGCGGCCGGAACCACACCCUGGCGCUGACCGAGAACGGCUCCGUGUUUGCCUUUGGGGAGAACAAGCUGGGCCAGCUGGGGCUGGGGAACCAGACAGACGCCGUGCCCAGCCCCACCCAGAUCCUGUACAACGGGCAGCCCAUCUCCAAGCUGGGCUGCGGGGCCGAGUUCAGCAUGGUCAUGGACUGCAAGGGGAACCUGUAUUCCUUCGGGUGUCCGGAGUACGGACAGCUGGGGCACAAUUCCGACGGGAAGUUCAUCGCGCGGGCGCAGCGCAUCGAGUACGACUGCGAGCUGCUGCCGCGGCGCCUGGCGCUGUUCGUGGAGCGCACCAAGGACGGGCAAGUGCUGCCCGUGCCCAACGUGGUGGUCAGGGACGUGGCCUGCGGGGCCAACCACACGCUGGUGCUGGAUUCCCAGAAGCGCGUCUUCUCCUGGGGCUUUGGGGGCUACGGGCGCCUGGGCCACGCCGAGCAGAAGGACGAGAUGGUUCCCAGGCUGGUGAAGCUCUUCGACUUCCCGGGGCGCGGCGCCUCCCAGAUCUACGCGGGAUACACCUGCUCCUUCGCCGUCAGCGAGACGGGCGGAUUGUUCUUCUGGGGCGCCACCAACACGUCCCGGGAAUCCACGAUGUAUCCCAAAGCUGUGCAGGACCUGUGCGGGUGGAAGAUCCGCAGCCUGGCCUGCGGGAAGAGCUCCGUGAUCGUGGCGGCCGACGAGAGUCCCCUGGGAUCGGGGCAGUUUGGGACCAUUCCCUGGGAUCAGGGCAGGCACAAUUCCGACGGGAAGUUCAUCGCGCGGGCGCAGCGCAUCGAGUACGACUGCGAGCUGCUGCCGCGGCGCCUGGCGCUGUUCGUGGAGCGCACCAAGGACGGGCAAGUGCUGCCCGUGCCCAACGUGGUGGUCAGGGACGUGGCCUGCGGGGCCAACCACACGGUACGGGGUGGGAUAACGGGAUAA